AUGGAGCUGCAGGAGUUGCAUGACCGAUACGGACCCGUUAUCCGCAUCUCCCCCGAUGAGCUUCACAUCCGUGACUCGGACUACUAUGAAGAACUGUAUGCACCCGGUGCCAAGAAGCGCGACAAGUAUGCAGGGUGGGUUGCCAUGGCAGGGGCCCCGACUUCAUCAUUCGCAACAACCGGUGAGGUUAUCCGACUAGACGUGGCCUAUAUGGCGCUGACGACGGACAUCAUCUCACACGCUCGCUUUGGCGAGAGUUAA